UAUUGUGUGUCACCGAUUACAGUAACAAUUGUUGGAUGGAACGGAUCUCUUUGUGCAAUAGAGUACCACAAGUCUUCGAAACUUUAUUUCAUCUUUGUGCUGUGAUUUUGUUGUCGUUCGUAGUGUGUGGACGAAAAACGAAGGAAAUGAUCGUGUGAUUCGGUAUGAAGAAAAACAUAAUAUACCACUGUUUCGAGUAAGCGACCGUCGAAGAUAGAGAGGACUCUCCCCCGACUUAUCCUAGCGGGCAGCGGGUUUCCUCUUCCGGCUUAACUCUUCUUCGGCCCUUGGUCCCGCGCUACCCACGGAGCCGCGCUCCGCCCUCGGAUCCGCCAGUUCGUCGCACCCUUCCGAUCGGACCGGAUCAUCGUCGAUCCUGAAUGAUACUUCCACGAUCUGAUAUAAGGAAUCGCUGCGAACAUCAGGAACCGAUCCACUCAGCGUGUCGUCUUCUUUUCUUCAUUGAUUUGAAGUAUUGCCGCUACAAUUGGGACUUUGAAUAUCAUUCUGGCAACACGAAAAAUUGGAAUUCCGAAUAUUAUCCUGGCGACGCGGAGGAUUGGGAUUUCGAAUACUGCGCUGGUGACGCGGAAGAUUAAAAGAGUUUACCAAUGAGUUUUGCGCCCGAUAAAAGAAACACUUGCGAAGAAUGGGGAAUAUUUCACGCGACGUCGCGUCUUUCAUUCCUUUUUAUGUUAGUUUGAAUAAUUAACGUAUUAAGUAGGUUUGAAUGGGAAAGGAGAAUCGAUUCUGCGUUAUUGUCAGUGAUUUCUGCGUGAAGAUCGAGCACCGACUUUUCGGUUCACGGCGUCUACGCACGGAGAAACGGAUUCAUUGGACCAGUACGAUGAGGACGCGAAGAGACGCGUUAUUCGUGGUUCUUUUGCAUUGAUUUGAACGUUUCGCGCAUCGAACGCGUUGGAAUCGGGAUUUCGAAGGAUUCGAUCAGUGCGAUGGAUAAUUGAGGAGAUCUGUGCCGUCGUUUGAGGAUAUUGACAAUGGAGCAUGAAGCAAAGUGCGGGAUAACGGGUGCACGUUAAGAGAAGAGCGCAUUAGAACGUUGGGAGAUCUUUUUCUGGAACCGGGGGUGGUUUCCCUCCAUUUUGGUUUCGCCGAGGAGCAAUGGAACGACGCAGAGUACCGAGAAGGAGAGGCCUUUCCUCCGCAGAAAAUCGAACUGAAUUAUCUGUGAACGCAACCGCUCAACAAUCGGAGGUAAUACUGCUGUUGCCUAUCAAUGGGUACUCCGAAAUAACAGGAUGCAAAGAUCGGCCCUACAUUUGCGGAAAGGAAGCAGCCUGCCGUAGUUUCAAGAACAACACAUCGACGUGCGUGUGUCCGCAUGAUUUGUCUCCGCCGACGAACGAUCUGAAAUGCCCGAAUCGUUUGAUAGUUCCCCUAACUCCGCGGCCUAUACCCAACAUAAUACCUCCAAAUGGUAACUCUACCAAUGGCACGACGGCCCUUCCUGAAGCUGAACAGGUAGAGCGUUCCAGACAAAGGGUACCUGAAAUAAUAGGAAUUGUUUUAGCUUUCAUCGCGGUAUUAGUAAUUUUGUUGAGUAUAGUAUAUUGUGUGAGAAAGCGAAGCUAUAACAUGAAAUCUCAAAGGAAUUCCUUAGACGGGACACCGAUGAAUCUGAAGAAGGGAUUGCUAUUAGCAAAUAAGUACACGCCUAAUCCACAGUAUUUCAGUUGCGCAUCACCAGAGGUGCCGAUUGUACAGCGCGAAUCUCUCAUAUUUGUACAGGACAUUGGCGAAGGAUGCUUUGGAAAAGUAUAUAAAGGAGAAUUAUGUGUCGGUGACUCGAAGGAAAUAGUCGCCAUAAAGGUCUUGAAGGACUCAGCGUCUCGCGAAGUUGAAGAGGACUUCAUACGAGAAGUUGACAUCAUGUCCACAUUUAGACAUAGUAACAUUUUAUCCUUGAAAGGGAUAGUUCCUCGUGACCCUAACAACAGUCCGUGGAUGGUGUUUGAGUACAUGCCGUAUGGAGAUCUCGCUGAGGUUCUCCGAUCAAACACCCAACAAUUCAGGUCUUCGAAACCUGGUUUGCAACCUUUGACCCAGGAGUCUCUACAUUGGAUUACAAUCCAAAUCGCAGCUGGCAUGACAUAUUUAUCGGGUCAAAGAUUCGUCCAUCGAGAUUUGGCUUGCAGGAAUUGCCUCGUUGGUUCAGAUUUAGUCGUCAAGAUUGCGGAUUUCGGGAUGUCGCGAGAUGUGUACACUUGUGACUAUUACAAGAUAGGAGGAUCCCGACUAUUACCGGUCCGCUGGAUGUCUCCGGAAAGUGUGAUGUAUGGACGCUUCACCCUAGAAAGUGAUGUGUGGAGCUUCGGAGUUGUUUUAUGGGAAGUUUAUUCUUUCGGCAAACAGCCGUAUUAUGGACACAAUAAUGAAGAAGUGGUGAAACUAAUAUUCCAAGGUAUUAUGCUCAUCCCGCCGGAAGGAUGUCCGCCGUUUGUCUGCCAAUUAAUGCGGGACUGUUGGAAAACUGACCCGAAAGACAGAAUUAAAUUUGCAGAAAUAUUAGAGAAACUCGAGAUAGCUCAAGGUAAAUCCAUCCAGCAAGGUACCUUACCAAGGCCACCGCAGGGACCUGUUACCAUUCGAACACCAGACGUGUUGGAUCCUGAUGGUUACUUGUUGCCAGCACCGGCAAAACCGCACGAAUAUUUACAGACUCUGCCAGCCAUAUCCGAUUAGCAUAUUUAUCACAAGCCCAGCGACAACGAUAUAUCGUUAUAAUUAUAUAUAACAUUUGUACGAUUUUCUAAUGUCCAAAAUAUUUUUCAACGCUACAAAUUUCUUAAAAAUUGAGGUUUACCAGAAAAACAAUAUUCAGCGCUCAGAAGUCUACAAUGGUUAACUUAAAUAUUGUAAAAUAUAAAAAUAUUCAAAUUUGUUAACAAUAUAAUCUGUAGAAAGUGUUCGGUAACGAGCGACAGAACAUUUGAUAAUAUCAGAUGAAAAUCAAAAGUAAAGAAAACGCACCUUCGGAAUCAAUUAAUUACUUUUUAAUUGGACUGGCAAAUUAAACUUUUAAUAUGCAAUACGGUAUACUUAAAAUGCGUAUAGAAAACUGGAAACUAUCGGAUUCAGUUGUGUCAAAGCAAGUGUAUGAAAUAUUAUGCUUUUGUUGAUAUUAUACCAUUUUAUUUAGAAGAGGUAACCUAAGGAACUGUGAUCCUCUAUUUUUGAAUGAUAUGUUGAUUUUGCCUCGUCCGUGGUACAAGACUGAUGUCUUCAUAAAUGUAUUCUUAAAUGGCGGAAUCUUUCGUUUUAACUUUAUUGUUGUUAAGCUUCUUCACGUGCAAAAUAAUGAAUAUUUAAUGUCGCAAAAUGCACAGAACAAAACGUGAAUAUUGUUGCAGGAUAUUCAUAUUUUGGAUAAAAAAGAAACAACUAUGUUUCUUCCCACACCACCAUCCAAUUGUAUUAUACGGUAUUCUAAUGAAAAAAUAAUCGUCUCAGUCCAUAAUAAAUUCGGACGAAAUUGAUUUAACUUCAUUUAUUCUCUGCUAAUCUAUUGUGACUGCAAAUACUGUAAUGACAAUUAAGAUGGUGUAAUAAUAUGAUAAAAGAAAACACAUAUGACAUCAGGGAAAUUAUGAAAGUUCAACGCGACGUACUUUCAUUGUCCAGAAAAUAGUAUUAAUACUUUAUGCUUAUUAAGAAUGUGUAACAUAUAUCGAAUAAUUUAUUAUUAAUUAGAAAAUAAUUAUUUGUAUAUACACAUACGAAAUACGAAAUAUUUUAAAUACUCUUCACAAAUAUUAUUUCUUUUUUUCUUUAGUAUACGAAUCAUUGUAUCAAACCACGUGUUUUAAUUGUAUACUACGAACCGCAUAUAUCAUUAAAAAAAAAUUCACGUUUUCAUAAACACAAUUUAA